CGUAACACGAACGGCCACAUGCAAACACAUUCUCGUCUAGUCUCUCAGGGAAGAAAGCUGUAUUGGCUCAAGACCAAGAACAGGGACAUCUAUCAUAAGCAUAAACGCACUACAUCUUUGCAAUAUUUUGUGUUCGUAACCCUGCAGCGAAGGCAGCAUCUGGACCAGUGAUCUUUUUUUAGUUGGUUUUGUCUCUCCGGCAGGUGGCCUCAAACAAAGCAGCGCAGUUUGUAGUGAAAUCACACUACAUUAUUUUCGGUGAAAGAUACAUCUGUAAGAUGCAAAUAUAAAACAGUAUAAUUCUAUUAAGUUACAAAUCCGUGUAUGUGUGAGGAGUAGACUGAAUAUAAGAAUGUGUUAUGACUGCCAAAUCCGGUGGAGUUUAUGCACAAAAGGGACAUCUGUUAUGACAAGUUUAAAGAUCAUAAAAUAAGCUUUAGUAAGCGAAAAUUGAACACGUAGCAAAGGUGGGAAGCAAAAUUAGAACGAGUCGACCUGUAGCAGGGACAGAGGAUGACACCGUUUUCCCAGGUGCUUCGACUUCUCACAUGUACGCUCAUCAUCACUCUACCGAAAGGCACUGAACAAGGGACCCACGAAAAGAAACUCCUCAACAACCUUCUAGAUAAGUACAACGUUUUGGAAAGGCCUGUAGCAAAUGAGUCAGAACCCCUGGAAGUGAAGUUCGGCCUUACACUUCAGCAGAUAAUUGACGUGGACGAGAAGAAUCAACUCCUAAUAACAAAUAUUUGGCUUUCGUUGGAGUGGAACGAUUACAACCUCAUGUGGAACGAAUCGGAAUUUGGGGGAAUCAAGGAUCUGAGGAUAACGCCCAACAAAAUUUGGAGACCCGACAUCCUAAUGUACAACAGUGCUGAUGAGGGUUUCGACGGGACCUACCACACCAACGUUGUGGUCAGACAUAACGGUAGCUGCUUGUACGUUCCACCGGGCAUCUUCAAGAGCACAUGCAAGAUAGACAUUACGUGGUUCCCCUUUGAUGAUCAACAUUGUGACAUGAAGUUUGGUAGUUGGACCUAUGAUGGCAACCAGUUGGACCUAGUUCUCAACUCGGAAAAGGGAGGUGAUCUCUCUGACUUCAUCACCAACGGAGAGUGGUAUCUAAUAGGUAAGUCAAUGAUGAACGAGAAACUAUACCAAUGCUGUCCGGAGCCUUACGUGGAUGUGACGUUUACAAUCCAGAUUCGAAGGCGGACACUCUACUAUUUCUUCAACCUGAUUGUACCCUGCGUACUCAUCUCGUCCAUGGCUCUGCUUGGCUUUACCUUGCCCCCCGACUCUGGGGAGAAGCUCACCUUAGGAGUGACGAUCUUGCUCUCGUUGACAGUCUUCCUGAACCUCGUCGCCGAGACCCUCCCCCAAGUCUCUGAUGCCAUCCCUCUGUUAGGUGUAACUAUCUUGCUGUCUGUAACCGUAUUGUCCCUCUUGGUGGCCCAAGUGUUACCCCAGACUUCUGAUGCUGUACCCCUGAUAGGGACGUACUUCAACUGCAUCAUGUUCAUGGUCGCCUCUUCUGUUGUCCUGACUGUAGUGGUUCUCAACUACCACCAUAGAACCGCAGACAUUCACGAAAUGCCACAAUGGAUCAAAAGCGUGUUCUUGCAGUGGUUACCAUGGAUGCUCGGUAUGAGUCGUCCCGGUAAGAAGAUAACGCGGAAGAGUAUCCUCAUGAGUAACCGAAUGAAAGAAAUGGAACUCAAAGAACGGUCCUCUAAAAGCCUCAUUGCUAACGUACUGGACAUCGACGACGAUAUCCGGCACUGCUCGGGAAUCAACAGCACUUCGGCAUCGGCCGGAUUCAUCCGAAGUGGCGGCCGCGGUACGAUGACGACCUUGGACGAUACCAGCGGUUCGACCUUCUCUGCAGCUCAGCGUGAGUUGCAAUCUAUACUUAAGGAGCUUCAGUUCAUCACGGCAAGAAUGAGAAAAGCGGACGAUGAGGCUGAACUCAUCAGUGACUGGAAAUUCGCUGCUAUGGUGGUGGACAGGUUCUGCCUCAUUAUCUUUACCAUGUUUACCAUUAUCGCUACAGUGGCCGUUCUCUUAUCUGCGCCUCACAUUAUAGUGCAGUAACGCCGUUCGUCCACCCAGUUGUUCCCAGACACGGUGUGUUAACAUCACAACUUCUUUAUAAGGAUCUUGUAGUCACUCUGUUUAACAGUUACACAGAUUCGAAAAAGGGUGGAAAACAAAAACACUCCGAAACUGAAUCAGUCAUUUUCUCUCUAUUAUCUCACAAAUACUUAAAUUUUCUUAACCUUUCAUCAACUUGCUUUUCUAUUGGACUCCACCGGAAGGUAGUUUUGCUCAGCGACGUCAUGUUUUCGCCUCUAAUUACGAGAAUGUUACGGUGCUAAAUUUCAUUAGCGCAUUUGAGGUCAAAACAAUGAUCUUCAUAUCAUGUUAUUAAUUUUAAGAUAAGUAUGUAAGUAAUGUGGUUUACCUAACUGAAGAAACUUAAUGCACUAACUUGUUUACACUUGGGGCCAAAUUAUAAUGUUGGAGACAAAUUCUACGCACGGCCGAGUUACCUAUGCAAGCAGAAAAGAAAAAAAAUGUUUUCUUGCUAACUUUCAAGUGUAGAGUAAGAUUGUUGCAAAAGAAAAAGUUAUACUACAUACGAAUGUGUGUCUCCCGAAACACAGUUAUUCCACAAACAUUUGUGAUAUCUCCGCGUCAUUUCGUUUUCAUUAUUUCUGAUUUACCAACAGAGGCAAACGAAAUCAAAGCAACAGAGAAUCAAGUUUUAUUUUAGUGCAGAAUUACCGGGAUAUGAAAUAAUGUACAAAAGGAAUUGAAUUCCAUUUUGUGUACGUUUAUAUAAAAAAUACUGUAGACAAACAUUAGUUUGUUUUGUUUAAAAGAGGCAGUGCCGUGAACUAACGCAUCAGUGAUAAUACUUUUUGCAUUGUACAUAUUCAUCAACCGAUUCGCAACGAAAAAUUAACAAAAUGUUUACGGAGAACAACAGAAUGUUUGCUGCUAUGGGGGAAUUGUCCUAGGAUUGCGCACAAUUUGUUUUCGACAUGAUAUGUUUAAUAACUUGUUGGAUUAAUAACAACAGCAUGAUUAAUAAGAAAUUGUUAAACGACAUAAGAACCACUGAAAUAAACCUUUUUAAUUACAGAAUUAUUAAAUCGAUUCUAUUUGACAGCAAACGCCCAACAAUACAGUGCAGAUCUAACUAAAAGUUUAUUUUUCGUUGCGAAACGGACAUUUUAAAACAUAUUCGAGAAGAAUUAGUUCAGAUUUUAAAACAUAUAACACAAUUAAAACAUGCUCAAUUAAUAUUGUUAUCAAAGUGCAUCUAUGAAAUAAUUACGGUGAUUAUGUUUGAACCCAUGAGCAUGGACAGAAAUUUGGAAGUGUGCAUGAAUUAACUGAACAAUCACUUCACAAUAUUGUUCGUCUAUAUUAUGGUUAUUUCUAAAAAAAAAAAGGAAAGAAAGUUAAAAGCAUCAUUUAUCAAGAACAAUUUUUAUAUGUGUUUAUGAAGCCAAAUAAAUCCCUCUUUUUGGGAUAUAGAUGCAUGGCUGUAGGUUUACAUUUAAACGAAAUCUAGAGAGAAGAAGAAGAAAUAUAGACAGUCAACAAACACAAAGCGCUAUUGUUAUGCUAGAAGUGAAACGACAGUUUUAAUAAUGUUGGUUAUGUAACUUGUAUCGCUCAUGUUUUAUUUAUAUAUAUAAUAUGAGUUUAGGUUUAUUUACGUUAAAGACUGUACUGUUACCGACAUCAUCUGGCAUUAAUCAUUGCACACAAAAAUACUCUCCCAUAUUCCGCUACUGCAGUUUGGUUUAGAUUGGCAACACUGCAGUAUUUUCCCAAAACAAUUAAGCCUAAAUAAGUAUCGUAAAUAACAUAACAUAAAAUACUCUUAUCAAUAGCAUAAGAAAAAAUUAUGAAACCGAUUAAUAUCCAACGCUUAAAAGACCGGCGUAAUAUACGAGAAAUUGUUGGAAUAAUAUCAAAGGACACCUUCUCACAGAGACAGCCUAAUUACAGAGAAAUUUUAUGCACGUGAUGCUGACAAGUCCAACGUAUAUCAUAACUACAUUCUCUCAGACGGAGAUUCUGUCAAACUUCAGAAGAGAACCAAAAUUCUGAUGACCACAGAACGUAAACUUGAACUCUACCCAUUCUCGUUCUGACAGCUACGUAAAAAUAUAUUAAAUUCCUUACUCGGAAUGUAAGCUCUACAUAUUUUAUAACGGAUAAUACAUCAGCUAAGAUCA